CAGCUGCGCAUAUGAUCGCUGUCAACAAUGUGAAUCGUACUUUGGUAUGCGUAUCGGCCAUAGGGUACUUUGGUGAAUAGUGACAGAAGGAUAUCCUAGUCACAACAAUUGGUUGCAGAAUUUUUUUAAAGUGUUAGUUUAAAAAUCGUAAAAAAUCUGUCGCUCGUCAGUUUAUAGUAGAACUACGGGCGUAUAAUACAGAUUAUUAACAUGUGGAUAAUAAAAACGGGCGACGACAACAGAGAUUAAUAAUAAUGGAGGUUAAAUCAAGAUCCUACUACUGUUUUAUUAUAAUAAUGGAGAAUAUUUUUUAGAGAAAACGUCACACAUAUAUACCUAUAUCCCUGAUCACUGGUCACUGACUCACUGACUCAUAAAUGUUGUUUUCUCUUAAAUUAACAAAGCGAAGAAAGCACUUAGUUGUUCUCAUCAUCGGGGAGCUAUUCGGUCGCAGAAGAAACAAAAUAAGUAGUGCCUGCAAAGCAAACAGAAGAUCAUAAAGCAAAGUACGACAACAGAGAAAACAAAGUAUACAGUGUCAACUUCUCCUAAUAAAUAAUUUAAAUCGCUACUGAAUUUGCUAAAAUGGGUAACUGUUUGAAAUGCGGCGGAGGCAGUCAGCAGGAUAAUACAACGCUAUUAAACAAUAGCUCCGAUCCUGCAUUGACGAGCAGUUCCUCACAGGAAGCACUUGGCCCUCCACCACCUUAUAAUGAGAUAGCGGGUGCUUACUUUCCACCGAUCGGUACGCGAGAUCGUCACCAGCAGUCUGCAGACUUGGGAUUAGGUAGAGGAAUAGUUGGCAUGAAUUCUAUGGGUGUUGGAUUUAGCGACGAAGAGCAGCAAGUGAGAAUUGCCAAGCGCAUUGGUCUCAUACAGCAUUUACCCACGGGUGAAUAUGACGGUACUAAAAAAGGAGAAUGUGUGAUAUGCAUGAUGGAAUUAAUUACCGGAGAAGAAGUUCGUUAUCUACCUUGCAUGCAUACCUACCACGCAGUGUGUAUCGACGAUUGGUUAUUACGAUCUUUAACUUGUCCCUCUUGUAUGGAACCUGUUGACGCAGCUCUGAUCAAUUCGUACUACGCGACAACUUAAUAGAGUUUAUUGAGGCAACCAAACAAAUUCUUUGUUUGUGUAUUUAAUAUAUGUAAGCGGAAGAAAAUGAAAGAGCAACGGCAAUGUUUCCAUCAUAUGAGGAUAAAUCGAAAAAACAUUAAAACAAAAACACUGUGUAUGUAGGUAUAGUUUUCACCUUAGAUGCUAAAAAGCUUAUGCUUUUAAAUCGGUAAACGUCUACCUGAAAUAAUCCUCGUGUAUCAGAUGGUAUGCGACGAUAAUGAAUUUCUUCAAUAAUUUCAAGAGCUUUGAUUUAAAGGGAAAGAAAACUCCGUUGAUCUGCAGUUGUACCUUUUGUAUUGGAAAACUUUGUAUCGUUCUGAACGAUUGGAUGUGUAUUAUAAUUAAAAGUUGGGAGAAAAAAAAGAAGAAGAAAAA